CAGACCGUCGCUGCUGCAGUUUGAGGAAGUUUCACUUUUCACUCUGAAACUCACCUGAGCUCAUUUAGCAGUUUCCUGUUUGUUUGUUUGUUUGUUUGUUUGUUUGCACUGAACCUCCGACACCACCUGGCGCUUCGACAGGACGCGGCAGAUAUGACGUCAGCAUCUGACCUGGAGCAGCUCGCGGACAUUGAGCUGCAGAGGGAGGAUGAGGAGGAUGAGGAGGAAGAUGAUCAGACGUGUGUCACAGAUGCUCCGCCCUCAGUCCUCCCUGACUCCUCCCACCCGUAUUACGACGUGGCUCGACACGGCGUCCUGCAGGUCUCAGGAGACGACCGGUACGGCAGGAAGCUGAUCGUCUUCAGCAGCUGCUGUUUGCCUCCAUCGCACCAGCUGAACCACCGCCGGCUGCUGGAGUACCUGAAGUUCACGCUGGACCAGUACGUGGAGAUGGACUACAUCCUGGUCUACUUCCAUCACGGUCUGAGGAGCAGCAACAAGCCGUCCAUGAAGUGGUUACGAGAAGCGUACAACGAGUUCGACAGGAAGUACAAGAAGAACCUGAAAACUCUUUACGUCGUUCAUCCCACGAACUUCAUCCGAAUCGUCUGGAACAUCUUCAAACCUCUGAUCAGCCACAAGUUCGGGAAGAAGUUGACCUACGUGAACUUUCUGGACGAACUGAGAGAACACGUGAACUACGAGCAGCUCAUCGUCCCACCGGACGUCCUCAGACAUGAUGAAAAGUUACGAGCGGCUCAGAAAGGCGGAGCCCCUCCCCCAGUGAAGAGGCCGCCGCCCCGCCCCCCCCUGCCCACUCAGCAGUUUGGAGUCAGUCUUCAGUACAUCAGAGAGAAGAACCGGGACGAGCUGAUUCCUCCGGUGCUGCUUCAGACGGUUCGAUACCUGAAGGACAACGGUCUGAGGACACAGGGACUCUUCCGGCGCUCGGCUCGUGUUCAGAUCAUUAAGGACGUUCAGAAGCUCUACAACCUCGGGAAGCCUGUGAACUUUGAUCUUUACGGUGACGUCCAUGUUCCGGCUGUGAUCCUGAAGACGUUCCUCAGAGAACUCCCUGAACCCGUGCUCACGUUCCGGGUCUACAGCCAAGUCCAGGACAUCCUCAACGUGGAGAACAUCCUCCGUGUGACGACGUGCAAACAGAUUGUUGAAAGUCUUCCUGAACACAACUUCAUCGUGUUGAAGUUUCUGCUGAGUUUCCUCCACAUGGUGUCUCAGGAGAGCAUCAGUAACAAGAUGAGUGCGUCCAACCUGUCCUGUGUGUUCGGGGUGAACCUGCUCUGGCCUCGUCACGGCUCCAUCUCCCUCACGGCUCUGACGCCCAUCAACAUCUUCACCGAGCUGCUCAUCGAACAUUUCCUCCCGGUGUUCGCUUCUCGCCGUCCGGCUGGAGAAGUGGAGCCGUGAGGCAGCAGGUCGGCGCCGCUCUGGAUCCUCCAACACGUCGCUCUACAUCCAUAAAGAUCUGCCUCGUGUCAGACGACGACUGAAUGAAAUCUGUUCCCAGGAUGUUUUGACCUUUAGUUUGAAAAAGAGCAGAUUGACUGAACCCUCCUCAGCCGGUGUCUCCAGAGGUUGAACCCUCCUCAGCCGGUGUCUCCAGAGGUUGAACCCUCCUCAGCCGGUGUCUCCAGAGGUUGAACCCUCCACUCUGAGGAUUUGAUGCUUCACUGUCGAGCAGCUCUGAGCUCGUUAGUUCUUUGUAUUCCAGGUGUUAGCUGAGCUGCUUGUUUUCUUCACCUUCUCCACCCACAUUUCAUUCUGACAAACCGUAAACACAAAACAUGCCUUUAAAUAAAUAAAUAGCCAUUUAUUAAUGUUUGAAUUCACAUUUCAGCUUCUGACCUUUGACCUUUUUAUACUAAAAUGCACUUGUUACGUUUCAAUAAAUCAGCUGAAAGUCCAAAACAUGUUUGUCGAGGUCAGAGAUUUUUAUUGAGGGAACAUUUGUUCCUGAUUCUGUGUAAAAGACAAACACUCACUGGAAUCAAAGGAUUUGUUCUUGAAUUUGUUUAUUAAUGAUUCAAUUUUUUGUAAGAACUUGGUACAAAAAAGUGAGACUACUCUUUAACCAUUUACCAACGUCCAUCCAUCAAGUUGUUAAUGCAUCAUAAAGAAGAAAAAACUACAUUGGCAUAUUUAAGACAAACACUUUCCUAUACACACUAUCCACUGGACAGUCCCCUUAGCAAUGACAAAGAAACUUCUACUUCAACAGACAUUUUCAUUUCCAUCUAAACGCCCUCGUCUCGUCGGCGCCUCCUUGUGGCGUAAAUCAUACAAAGAGUCAGAAUGCAGAACCAGCAAACCAUAGAAAUGUUCUGUUCUUUUUUUUGCUCCUUGAUAAAAGAAUAUAAAAAUGU